UAACAUCGACAAACACUUUAGAAUCAUAUCAUAGUAAGUUAAAGAGAACACUCGCUCCUCAUUAUAGUUUAAUUGGAGCAUAUGAUAAGAUCGUUGUACUUGACUUGAAAAAGCGUUCGAACUUAAAUUAUAUUGCAUUUGAAUUUUGUGUGAAAAAAAUUUCUGCUCCUGAUAUUGCUGACGAUACCCUAAAGGAAAUCUACAAGUUUCCUUUUCCAAUUCAAAAAUUAAUAGUUGGUGAAAUUUUUGCUGCUAAUAAUAGAGUAGAAAAAGGAAAAGAAUUGCCUGGUUUAAU